AUGUCGCCAAAACGAGGAAAGUUGCCAGUUUUACCCUGGACUGGUCAUUGUGAUUGGUUUGACACAACUAAGGGAUAUGGAUUCAUUUAUAUGACCUAUCAAGAGGGGGAUUCUUUAGAGAGUCCAGUAGGUGUCUUUGUACACCAUUCUAAGCUUCACAUGAAAGGAUUUAAAAGUUUGCAAACAGGGGAGCAGGUAGAAUUUACCUUUUACAACUUUCCCAAAGGCCCAAAAGAGCUUUGGGUCACAGACCCUGGUGGAAAACCCUGUGAGGGGAAGAAAAAAUUAAAGGGGGACAGAUGUUAUAACUGUGGUGAUGCCGACCACCACGCAAAGGAGUACAAACGUUUGCUGCAACGCAAAAGGUGUUACUAUUGUCAGAGCCUCGACCACAUAAUGAUUAGUUGUCCUGACAGAUCAAAAUAG